GAAACCAAAUAAUGAAAAAAACCUCAAGAAAAUAAAGGAGGAAGGAAAAAAAAAAAAAAUCUGUGCUUCUUAGAGGUCCUCGAAACUCUGCAAAGAAUUCCCCACACUUUUCCCUGGUUCCGUUCAAACUCUCUCUCUAGCGCCACAUGAUUUUGUAACCUAUUGACGCCGGCGACUUUUUCCGACGAUGACCUCCAUCACCUCCGUCGAGCUCAAUUUCCUCGUCUUCCGUUAUCUUCAGGAAUCAGGCUUCACACACUCGGCUUUUGCUCUAGGAUAUGAGGCCGGUAUUAACAAAUGCACUAUAGAUGGAAAUUUGAUUCCACCUGGUGCUCUCAUUACAUUUGUUCAAAAAGGGCUUCAGUACUUGGAGAUGGAAGCCAACUUGAGUAAUAGUGAUGCAGAGGUUGAUGAGGAUUUCUCUCUUUUACAACCUUUAGAUCUCAUCCAAAAUGAUGUUAAUCAACUACGCCAAUUGAUAAAAGAUAGAAAGAAAAAUUUGCAGAAGGAUAGAGAUAAGGACAAAGACCUUGAGAAAGAACAUGAAGGAGAGCGUACACGAGUAAGAGAGAAGGAAAGACUAGAAAGGGAGAAGGAAUUUGAAAAGAGCAGAGAGAGGGUAGAAAAGAAUAAGGAGCUAGAAAAGAAUAAGGAGGUAGAAAAGAACAAGGAGCAAGAAAAGCAUCAUGAGGACCAUAACGACAGAGGUAGGGCUACAGAACAGGAAGAAAAAGUCAAUGUCAAACAUGAAGAAAAUGGAGCUUCUGCAGAACCAAUGGAUAUCUCGACAGCUUCAACAUCUCAGGCAUGUGAAAUCCCUAGUUCUGAUGUGACCAUUCUAGAAGGCCAUACAUCUGAGGUCUGUGCUUGUGCUUGGAGUCCAACUGGAUCUCUUCUUGCAUCUGGGUCUGGAGAUUCUACAGCUCGCAUUUGGCCAAUUCCAGAUGGAAGCUCUAGAUCUGGUUUACAAAAUGGUGCAUUAAAUGUGUUGGUGCUAAAGCAUGUUAAGGGUAGAACAAAUGAAAAGAGUAAAGAUGUCACGACUCUUGAUUGGAAUGGAGAGGGAACACUGCUUGCAACUGGCUCAUAUGAUGGGCAGGCAAGAAUUUGGAGUACAAAUGGUGAACUAAGGAGUACUUUGAACAAACAUAAAGGUCCCAUAUUCUCUCUAAAGUGGAACAAGAAGGGAGAUUAUCUGCUUACGGGAAGUUGUGAUAAAACUGCAAUUGUGUGGGAUGUGAAGGCAGAGGAAGUGAAGCAACAAUUUGAGUUUCAUUCAGGUCCAACACUUGAUGUUGACUGGCGCAACAAUAUGCAAUUUGCAAUGAGCUCCACAGACAAUAUGAUAUAUGUUUGCAAGAUUGGGGAAAACCGCCCUAUUAAAACUUUUGCAGGACAUCAGGGUGAAGUUAAUUGUGUGAAAUGGGAUCCAACUGGCACGCUGUUGGCUUCAUGUUCUGAUGAUAUCAGUGCAAAGAUAUGGAGCAUGAAGCAGGAAAAGUAUGUUCAUGAUUUAAGAGAGCAUUCUAAGGAGAUAUACACUAUCAGAUGGAGUCCAACAGGACCCGGAACAAACAACCCUAACCAGCAGUUGGUUCUGGCAAGUGCGUCAUUUGACUCUACUGUAAAGCUAUGGGAUGUGGAACUAGGAAAACUUCUCUACAGCUUGAAUGGACACAGGGAUCCUGUUUAUUCCGUCGCCUUUAGCCCAAAUGGUGAGUAUUUGGCCAGUGGAUCUCUUGAUAAAUCAAUGCAUAUCUGGUCACUAAAGGAAGGCAAGAUUGUGAAAACAUACACCGGCAAUGGCGGUAUAUUUGAAGUUUGCUGGAACAAGGAAGGUGACAAAAUUGCUGCAUGUUUUGCCAACAAUACAGUCUGUGUUUUGGAUUUCAGAAUGUGAUUCUGAGGUGAAGAUGCUAAGCUGAUUUCGUGUUUUGAGAAUUAAUUGAAUGUCAAAUCCCAGCCAUAGAUUAGUUCGUUGGAUUGAUUUGGAUGGACAAAAAGUGUACUUUUAGUUGGAUUAGGUUUGGUUUUUAACCAUAGAUCAGAUCGAGGAACUGUUCACUAAUCUGCCUUCAGUUAGUUUGUAAGUUAUCAUGUCUUCAUUGUAACUGUCAACCAGGCUUAUGUUAAGGGUAUGUACAGGAUUUUAUUAAUUUAGUUUGUAACCUAUUUGAGAUGGGCUUGUUCAAUGGAGCUUGCUUCUCACA